CAACCGGAACGCUGAAAAUCUGCAGGCAGCCUGUACUUCACCUCAGGCCUCAGGCUGCUGCAGAAAAAUGUUUCAUACAUCUCUGACACUGAUUUCUGAGCCUUUUCAACUCCAAUACUACCAGAAAAAAGACACACUUACAGAUUCAUACACUUUUGAAAGAAUGGGAAACUUAAAUAACUCAAAUAAGAUGGUAAAGUGUUGUACAAGUGUCAUAUAUUGUUUUUUAUUUGUUGCAAGUUAUACACUCUAUAAUGUAAGAUCACAGAUCUGUAACUUAAAACUCAGACACAUAACAAACCUUUUUUACAUUUUCUGCAGGACUUCACCAUGACUCUAUACCUGCGUCAUUACUGGAAAGACGAGCGGCUGUCGUUUCCGUCCAGAAACAAUCAGAGCCGGACGUUUGACUCGAGGCUGGUGAAGAAGAUCUGGGUCCCCGACGUCUUCUUCGUCCACUCGAAGCGCUCGUUUAUCCACGACACCACCAUGGAGAACAUCAUGCUGAGGGUUUACCCCGAUGGAAACAUCCUCUACAGCGUCAGAGUCACAGUGACGGCUCUCUGCUCGAUGGACUUCAGUAGUUUCCCUCUGGACACACAGAACUGCUCACUGGAGCUGGAGAGCUACGCGUAUAAUGAGAACGACCUGAUGCUUUACUGGAAGAACGGGAACGACUCUCUGAGGACGGACGAGAUCGUCUUGUCUCAGUUCUUCAUCAAGCAUUUCCACGCCUCCAAUGGCCUGGCCUUCUACAGCAGCACCGGGUGGUAUAAUCGACUGUUCAUCAACUUCAUCCUGAGGAGGCACAUCUUCUUCUUCAUGCUGCAGACGUACUUCCCCACCAUGCUGAUGGUGGUCCUUUCCUGGGUGUCCUUCUGGAUCGACAGGAGAGCCGUCCCUGCUCGUGUCUCUCUGGGUAUCACCACGGUGCUCACCAUGUCCACCAUCAUCACCGGAGUGUCCUCCUCCAUGCCUCAGGUGUCAUAUGUGAAAGCAGUGGACAUCUACCUGUGGACCAGCUUCCUGUUUGUCUUUCUUUCUGUGAUCGAAUAUGCGGCUGUGAACUACUGCACCACUCUUGAGGAGAUGAGGAAGAUGAAGAGGGGGAAGAUCCCAUCCACAUAUAACGCCAGCCAGGCGAUGGCCUUCGACGGCUGUUUCCAUGACGAUGAAAUUGAGCUUACUACAUUCCCUCGAAUGGCGCCCACCCUGACCACUGAUCCCCUCACCAGUUCAGCCCAAAGCCCCGACAUCAGGCCCAUAGAGGGCACUCGCCUCCACCGGCAGCGGUCACUGCGGGAAAACGUGGAUCUGCUGGUCAGCAACAGCUACAUGAUCGACUCAUACUCCCGCCUUGCCUUCCCAAUGUCCUACCUGCUCUUUAACAUUAUCUACUGGAGUCUGUACUCCUGAUCCAGAACUGAAAGAUCUACUGAAGUCUGUACUCCUGAUCCAGAACUGAAAGAUCUACUGAAGUCUGUACUGCUAAUCCAGAACUGAAAGAUCUACUAGAGUCUGUACUGCUGAUCCAGAACUGAAAGAUCUACUGGAGUCUGUACUCCUGAUGCAGAACUGAAAGAUCUACUAGAGUCUGUACUGCUGAUCCAGAACUGAAAGAUCUACUGGAGUCUGUACUCCUGAUGCAGAACUAAAAUUUCAACUGGAGUCUGUACUCCUGAUCCAGAACUGAAAGAUCUACUGACAUUUGUACUCCUGAUCCAGAACUGAAAGAUCUACUGGAGUCUGUACUCCUGAUCCAGAACUACAAGAUCUACUGGAGUCUGUACUCCUGAUGCAGAACUACAAGAUCUACUGGAGUCUGUACUCCUGAUCCAGAACUACAAGAUCUACUGGAGUCUGUACUCCUGAUGCAGAACUACAAGAUCUACUGGAGUCUGUACUCCUGAUCCAGAACUGAAAGAUCUACUGGAGUCUGUACUCCUGAUGCAGAACUACAAGAUCUACUGGAGUCUGUACUCCUGAUCCAGAACUGAAAGAUCUACUGACAUUUGUACUCCUGAUCCAGAACUGAAAGAUCUACUGGAGUCUGUACUCCUGAUGCAGAACUACAAGAUCUACUGGAGUCUGUACUCCUGAUGCAGAACUACAAGAUCUACUGGAGUCUGUACUCCUGAUCCAGGACUGAAACGUCAACUGGAGUCUGUACUCCUGAUGCAGAACUGAAACGUCAACUGGAGUCUGUACUCCUGAUCCAGAACUGAAACGUCAACUGGAGUCUGUACUCGUGAUCCAAAACUGAAAGAUCUACUGGAUUUUCUACUUCUGAUCCAGAACUGAAAUAUCAACUGGAGUCUGUACUCCUGAUUGAGAACUGAAAAACUCACCAGACUCUGACGAUUCAGCAGAGAGUGAGCUGAAGUAUACCGAUUCUUCGCAGGGCUCUGCUGACUCUGAAAUAAGUCUUUCUCACAGGAGCCUCUUCAGCUGCAGCUCCAACAUUAAUGGUCUUCCUUACAGGAGAAACAAAAGCAUACCAGUACCUCAGAGUAUGGAACUCUAAAUUGACCACAGUUACAACCAGACAUUGGUCUUGGGAGCGGUUUGAAUUGAACAUAAUGAAUCUUCUUUCUUUUUUUACAAUCUUUACAUAACUUUUAUAAUAAACCACUAUAAUUAUCAUUUUCCCUAACACCAGGGAAAAUCAAUAAGAAUUAACCGUUAUUUAAACAAAUACAUAUAAUUAUACUCCUCUUUUGAUGAAUGAUGUGAAUGAGCCAAGUAACGACUGAACAUGAUAUUUGAUUUCAUUUCUCAUACAAUUUGUUUUUGUUUAUGAAGAUUUAAAAGUGAAUUCAUGUGUACUUCAGGGACAUGUGAAUUUUAAGUUGUAAGCCUGCAGGGAUGUUACUAUUAAACAACACCUUUGAAGUGG